AUGCACAUGAAUGGAUAUCACAGAAAACGCGCAAAUCAUAAGAUGCAUCAUUGGAAUACAUUUCGAUUUGCGUUAAGUUCAAAUCUUGACGAGUGUUUUUACCUUAACGUUAAAGAAAAUGAUACUGUUCAUGUCAUCUAUCAAGUAUUGAAAGGUGGUAAUAAUAAAAUUAAUUUUAGAAUAUACGAUUCAAACUUGGCUGUUGUUUAUACUCAGCUUGAUAGUACAUUCGGAUGGUACGAUAAAGAAACUGUGGAAACGGCAGGCACUUGUCGCAUAUGUCUAAACAACGAUCAGUAUUUCAAAACUAAAACAGUCUAUCUGGCCGUAUUAGCAAUAAGAAACGAUUUAUUACCGUUAGCCGUCGUAAGUCCGUCAGAUGAAAAAAAUGACACAGGUAUUGAUGAAUUUACCACAAAAGCAAUGGUAAGUACUAAUGGGUCGUCUCUGUUUUCUUUAGAAUACUAUUAUGACCUGUGAAUAUAUCAGCCUAUUACUGCUGAUCAGGGACACCAGUACCUCUGAUUAUGGCAGCACAAAUUCUGCUUUUAAGAUUUCUUUCUGUCUCGUUUCUACUUUCCUGAUUUUAAAAUACUUCUUUUAAAUUGAACUAAAAUUUGACUUAUAACACAUGCAUCGACAGGACAACACGUUAAGAUGACCAAACGCCCUGUUUAACUAUUUUUUAUUUGAUACAACCAACUCGUUUUUCUUAGCAACAAAAGGGUUUAAUCUCAUCUCACAUUUUUUCUGCGGGUUUUAUUUCCUUCUAUUUCUCACCCUUACUUCGACAUGUGAUUGACUUUUGAACUCGAAACAAAAGUGAAGAUGAAGAAUGUCGUUUACACGUUGGCUGUGAGUUUUAGUGGGGCGAAUCCAUCUGAAAUGUCCCACAUUUUACAAAAGUUUUUCCACUUUAUUUAAAACCAAUCUAGUUUUAUAGAGCACAUCAAAUUACGUAAGAAACUGUGUUUUCUGACUUCAUAGCUGAUGCAGAACCCGAGAAAGAUGACUUUUACUCUCCCAGCAAAAUUAUCGGAUUCGGCGCCGCUCUCAGUGCAAAUUGAUCAGCACCACGAUGAAUUGUACAACAUGUUCUCCAUUUUUUCGACAAACUGCUUAAGGUUAUUAUUAUAGAGUGGGACAUGAACUAUAUUCUCUAAAACUUUGAAGAACGUGCCGUGUACGGUUCACGAGAUAUUGAGCUUUUUCACUUCUCAUGACCACCGUAUAAAACUGUUAUGUUAGAAAGAAAGAGCAAUGAUCGGUUAGCUACUAACAUGGUUGCCAGAUGUCGGACAGUCCCACAUUUAAAGAUUUGUCCCCGCAAAAAUCUGUCCCGCAGGAUGUCCCUCUUUUCAAGGUUAUUUUCUAGUAUUUUCUAGUUUGACCGUCUUCAAUGGACUUUUCACUUUUGUAUUACACUUCCAAUUCAACAGACCUUUAGCG